AAUCAAAAUAUGCAGUAAAAAGAAAUUCAAUAAUUACCUUCUCAAGCCACACCCUAAUAAAUGAAGACAAUCAUCUUCAUAGAAAAUUUAGAUCAGGUAAGAAUGUUUUUAGUAAAAUAAAUUAGGGUAUCUCAGAGGACUAUUUAUAUCGUAAAUUUAAGGAAGUAGGUGAAAUCUAAAGUUUAAAGAUUACAAAAGACAAGACCACAUAGAAAUCAAAAGGUCAAGCAUUCAUAACUUUUGCUCAUCCAGACUCUGCUGAAGAAGCAAGAAAGAAAUUUAAUAAUUAAAUUUUCAUAAGAAACAUAAUCAGAGUUAAACCAUACUUUAAUUAUCAUAAUGCUGAUAAAAAAGCGAACAUCUUUAUUAACAAUCUUCCAGAAGAUGCAGAUAUUUUGGAAUUAGAAUAAGAAUUUUCAAAAUUUGGUACUGUGUUAUCUGUUGAUAUUCAUAGAGAUAUUUAGGGAAAGUAAUUAAAGUAAAUAAUAAAAUAAAUAAUUUAUAGUUAUGGAUACGUCCAAUUUGAGAAGAAAGAAGAUGUUGAUAUCUUAAUAAAGAGAAUUGGAAAUCAUCCAAUUUAUCAUAAAGGAAAAUAAUUAAAAUUGGAAUAAUUCAGAGCAUAAUCAGAGAGAAAAGUUGAAUCAAGUUCAAUUUAUUUAAGAGCCUUUGCUAAGCCAUUAUAAUAGAAAUAUUGGGAAUAAGAUAAGGUAGUAAGAGCAAUAGAAUAUGCUUGGUCUUUAAUAAUAAAAGAAUAUUUAUCAAGAUAAGGCGAUUAAGUUAAAGAUUGCUUUGUUAAAAUUGAUUAACAUACAAGAUAACCUUGGACAAUGAUAUAAUUUGAAACCUCAGAAUAAGCUAAAUAUAAUUUAGAUAUUUGUGAAUAAUAAAGAAAACAUCCAUGUAUUAAUUCAGGUGCACAUCAUGCAUUAGAAUUAAUUAAUAAAUAUGGAUCACCUGUUAAUAGUGAUGCUAGUGAAGCAUUUACUAUUGCUGAAAUUACUUAAGCAUUUAAAGAAAUGGCUUAAGAUCAUAAUGACACUUUUAAAGGAGAAAGUGAAAACUUUUUUUAUAAUAUGGUAUAUAGUAAACAUUUGAAUCCAGAUGAUAGAUUAAUUCUUAUUUAAAAUAUUAGAGAUGAUGUUACAAAAGAAGAAAUUCAGAAUUUCUUAUCAAGAUUUGGAAAAGUUAUUCGUUUAACAAUAAGAAAAACUAAAAAUCCAAAAUUUUAAGUAUAAUAAUGCUUUGUUCAUUAUUAAACAUUGGAAGAUUCAAAGAGAGUAAGAUCAGAAAUAUAUGAUGAAAAUAAUGAAGAAAUUUCUAAAAAAAAGAAAGAAAUAUUUAAAGAUGGUCAUGUUAUGAUGAAUAUCUUAUUGUCAAAAACAAUGAGAAAAGAAUUUAAAGAAGUUAAAAAAUAAAGUUAAAGCAUUUUCUAAAAUCCAGGAGGUAGAUAAUUGCUUUAACCACCUUUUAUUGGUCCAUUUAGAAUAAUUCCUCCAAAUCCAUUUCCACCUGGACCACCAAGACCUCGUCCUUUCCCAAAUUAAAAUCCGGGAUCUCGUCGUUAUCCAAUCCCUGGAGAUCGUCAUAUGCCUAUACCUAUACCAAUUCCUAUGCCUAAACGUCUAGAAGAACCUCCAAAACCUUAACCAUACAUUUAAGAAUUUUCUGAUUAUACUCUUGUCUAAAAUAGAAUGGAAGAAUUUCUCAAAAUUCCUGUUGAAGAUUAAAGAAAUGUACUUGGUAAUCUUUUAUUCCAAAAAGUCUUCGAUGUUGUUAAAGAUAAAGAGUCAACCAAAAAAGUUGUUGGUAAUUCCCUUCAUCUUAUUCUCUAGGUAUGCUUAUUGAUCCAUCAUAAUUUGAAAUUGGUGACAUUUUGAAUAUGUUUGAAGACAGUUAAGAACUCUAAACCUAUAUUGAAGAUGGUCUAAUAUUGAUUAAAGAUGAACCUCAAAAAUGAGUUAUUAUUAUAUACAAA